AUGCGCGGCGCAAAUAUGAUCAAGGAGGACGGAGCCGGAAACUCAGCGGAGGAGGAACCAAGCAAACACCUCUCGUACAACGAUGCGCCUGUACAAGCCCUAAAUACCCUACGUUCCGCUAAGCUGUUCCCGGCCCUGUGGUUCGACUGCGGCGAGUUCCGAACGAAAGACGUCCGCUCUCCACGUAACCCGGAGCAUGUCACCGUUGGCGAGAUAUAUUUUAAGCUUCCUAGCUGCUACACACGGGACGUGCUGCUCGGCUUCAAUGAACUCGACGUGAAUAUCCUCCGUCUCAAGGCAGAAGUCCGCAGUGUUGCAGACGACUGCGCCAUCGUCAACAUGACCACGUGGGCGGACACCAAGCACUAUGGGUCCGGAUGCUCAUGGCUGAGCCUGCCCACUGACGACCCCGACAUCCAAUGGGGUUCGUACGACACCAUAAUGGAUCGCUGCGAUGCCAAGUCCCAGCAACAAAUGUCACGCCGGAUUUUCUUCGCCCGCCCAUACGCCGUGCCGCCGAAGGUCGUCGUCUGGCUCAAUGCUGUCGACAGCGGGGCUGGGCGCAACGUACGCGUGACCGUCUGGGCAGACGGCAUCACGUCCGACGGGUUCACAAUCCACCUCGACACAUGGGGCGAUUCGAGCUUGUGUUCAGCGGGAGCGACAUGGCUCGCUCACUCGACCGGGCGCACGGACGUGCGCAGCGGAGCUUUCGACAUCGAGGACGUACGGCCGUCAAGCGCAUCCCACCACAAGAACCGCGGACGCGUCUCGUGGGGCGUCCCCGAGAUGGCAAGGCCGCCACGCGUGUUCACGGCGCUCAGGAUGCUUGAGUUCCAGAAUGGGAAGAACAUUCGCCUCAUCACGAGCACAAGCAGGGUUACCACGACGGGUAUGACCUGGCAUAUGGAUAGCAGGGACGACACGGUGUUUUAUCAGGCAGGAGCUGUCUUCGUCGCUUUCGAUGACAUGGACAGCCAGUAGUCUAAGGACUCUGCACCCUAGUCUCGGC